AAACCAAAAAAUCCCCCUUUUCUCAUGGCUCGUCUUCUCUCAAAUCCCUUAACCCGAACCCGAACUCUUACCCGACCCGUAUUCUCUCCACCUCUUCUCCUCACUCUCCGGCACCGUUCAAACUCCAAUCGCUCCGGCGGCGGAUCCGGUGACGGUGAAGGUGAACCACCGCACCCUCAGUUAAUCGAGAUCGACCUAGAUUCCUCAUCUAGUGGAUCGGACGGUGGGGUAAAGAAGUUGGAGGAGGUAAUCCAUUCGGUUAUCGUGAGGCGUUCUGCUCCAGAUUGGUUACCUUUCUUGCCUGGAUCCUCUUACUGGGUCCCACCUCCACAACCGUAUGUGAAGAUUGGGGGAAUACAUAGUCAUCGUGGUGAUUUUGAUCCUCAUAGGAUACUAGAGGUUGUUGGGAAGAUGGCAGCUGUGAAGAGUCAUUUUGGUUCUGCUUCUUCUCUAUCGGCUUCCUCUUUGUUAUCAGAGGAUGAAUCGAGGUCGGUUUCUCGUGUUCGUGGAUGGCCCUCGUCCUCAUUUUUCACUGGAGGGCCUGCGUUCCCAACCCCAGUGCAGGUGGUGGAAGUGGAGGUGAAGCUUGAGGACAACCCGGAUUAUGAUUCUAAAUCUGAGGACGAAGGAUAAAUGACCUGUCUGUGUAGUGAGCUUCUGUAGCUUAGUAACCUUGUAAAUUCUUUGAAAACCUGGAAAACAUAAGAAGCUGCUUACCUCAUGAAGGACGAGCAAGCUAAGUUACACAGAUCGGAGAUUGGGGUUUUAGUUCUUCAAUCCAUGGUCUUGUUCAAUGUAGUGGUUCAAUGCUCAGCCUACCUAGAAAAAAUCUAUGUAUUUAUGAUGGUGUUUGAACUGUAUGAUCUGGAAAAUAAUCAGCCUGUUUAGUUUAAUGCUGUUUGCUUU